AUGAAUUUCCUUCCCCCUUCGUCGUUUUUCAAUGAGCUCUUGAGUAUGGACUCGAGCUCUCGAGAUGAGCGACAGUCGUUCAUCCGCGGUCUACCCAGCAUUCCAGAGAAAGACGUCUCGCGAGACGAUACAUGCGCCAUAUGCCAAGAAACCUUUCUCGCGAUCAUCGCCACCCAAGAAAUGGCGAGCGUAAUGGAAACGCCCGGUCUACCGGAAGAAGACAUGGGAGUCGUCGAGCUCCCCGGAUGCGCACACCGGUUCUGUCGGAAAGAUAUCGCAACGUGGGUUUACUCUUCGCACUCAACGUGCCCCGCGUGCCGACACGAGUUUCUACCGUCGUCUUUACGAGAGGAAGAGCACGAAGAGGGCGCGAGCAUACUAGAUGCACGGGAGAUGAUUCGGGUGCUGCAGUUGAGAGCGUCGGGACUAUACGAUGACGCCGACGAGGCGCGGCAUAACCCUUUCAACGAGGGCGGAACUGGGACCCGUGCGCGUUCCAACCCUGUCGAUCGGGAGGAGCAAGAAUACUUGCGACGGAUGCAGGACGAGUUGUUGAGUUCUGUAUUUGGUAGAAGCGAGAGACCGAGGGAGGAUAGUCCUCCCCGCGAGUCGUUUGGGAUGUACUCUUAG